AUUUCUUCGCCCAGGAUAUUCGUAUUUAAAAAUCAACAUUGAACUUUUUAAUAAAAUUGAACGCAUCCAUAGUCUACUUUGUCUAUUAUUCUGUCUUGUCUGUGGUACUGUGGAGCACUUUCCUUUUCCGGUUCUGCAUCAAAGCUGAAACCAUGCCGCUCGCGAUAGACUUAUUGCACCCGACUCCGGUUUCCGAGAGGAGGAAACACAAAUUGAAGAGGCUGGUGCCACAUCCCAACUCAUACUUCAUGGAUGUGAAAUGCCCUGGCUGCUACAAGAUCACGACCGUAUUCAGUCACGCACAGAGGGUGGUGGUGUGCGCGGGAUGCUCAACGAUCCUGUGCCAGCCCACCGGUGGUCGUGCUAGAUUAACUGAAGGAUGUUCGUUUAGGAGAAAACAACAUUAAGUAUUCCUGGAGAAGAGCCCUAAUUUAAGAUUUGCAUUUUAUUUUCCAGUUGAAUGAGUGAUAUAUUUUACCAAUUCAUUGAAAUGGAUCCGUUGAAGCAUUACUAAUAAAGGCUUUUUCAAAGGGAAACUA